AUGGUUCAACCGUCGCCCCAUCUCCUGCUCCGCCCAGCAGCAACACUGGCGGCAAACUUCAACAUCUUCGCACACCCCAAGGUCCCGUUGACCCCGAAUGAAUCGAGGCAGCUGCUCAAGGCCCUAACAACUUCCUUUCGGAGACAACUUGCCGAAGAGCACGACACCAGAACACGGAAUCCUGCACAUACUGGCUCGGCAUCAACAGCCACUACUCUCAGCUCGGGUUCUCCGAAGAAACGCCCGGCACGGCCAAAUGUGACUCUCACCGACCGCCAUUUACACGACGUCCUCAGCAAUCCCCUCCUCUCGUUCCAGCCGCCCCCGACUCGAACGGGCCAGAGAGACCCUAUGGACGUGUUUGAGGAAGCGUGCGCGAGAGGCUAUAUGAAUAUUGCCCGGGCAAGAGCCUGUCUACAGGGUAAAAGAACUUCACUGGGAGAAUCGCUUGAAGAGCAGCGAGCAGGGAUGAAGACCUCGGGUGCCGGCUCGAAGGUCUUACAGUGGCUAUUGUCGACUGGAGCAGAGAGUGAUGCCUCGUGGUUACAACCUAACAGUGGAGGAUCUGCAUGGAGGAAGGAUAUCAUCAUUGACUUCCUUGUUCUCGAGGGCAAGCAAGAGGCCCUUUGGGAACUUUUCGGGCAUUAUGAGGCUCUAAACGCUCGCGACGGACAGAAUUUCGUGUUCCAACUAAGCAGGAGCCUGGCGCAAAAUAUCUCUGUGGACGCGGGGCUUGAAGGCGUGAUCAGAGCCAACGAGAUUCUUAUCAAAGCAGAAACACCUUUGGCAGACCGCUUAAGAAUAUUGAACCCCGCUAUUUCUCUCUUGGUCAACUAUAUCAAGAACACCACAUCAGAGAAUGUUCAACAAUCACCAGCAAUUUUCAACACAUUCCUAGGCACUGUCCAGACAUUACCUAGUCGAAGCACAAUUUCAAAGUCAAAUCUAUUCAUACCACAACUAUACUUACGCCAUCCAAAAAAUCCCGACGCCAGGCCCGCCCUACGCUACCUCGAGAGCCUCAACGAGGCGUCGUCUGAGCACCUCCUACAGGCGACAAAAGUGCUUUCAAACUCGUUAGCUUCGCUAGCUCUCGACACGGCGAAGCAACUAAUAGUAAACGAGCAAUUCGACGACGCGCGUUGGGUGCUAGGCUUUGUCCAGAAGACAUACCCAGAGCUCAACCAAGGCGAUUCCCAGCCUGAAACCAAGCCUAGCCAUAGCGCGAGAGCAAUGGAGUUACUGGGUUUCGUGAAGCAGAGGUACGCGGAGCUCAAGGUCCCGCCGGUGAAGAUGAAGAAGGUUGGAGCUAGACCCAGCCAGGCCGGCAAGACCACGUCUGUGCAGGAGAAGGAUGAUAUCGCGAGCGUGGAGGAGCUGGAUAGACUGGACUUGGGACUGACAAGUUCAUGA